UGAAUAGAUGAUUCAGUUAAAUGCUAUCGUUGUGAUUGUCGAGUUCUUAUUGUUACGUGCUAAUUCCGGAAAAAGAUCAGCGACGCAUGCAAUUUGUAUUAAUACAAAAUGGACUUCGACCUGUCCAGGAAUAAGAGGGAAAAUCCAAGGGAAAACGCCAGUCUACUUUCUGUAAUAACAUUUUUUUAUACGUUCCCAACGUUCUUCGAAGGAAGAAAGCGCGACUUAGAGGUCUCGGAUUUGUUCGAAACUUACUCGAAUCAUAAAUCGAAAUUGCUCGGUGACAAAAUUGAGUUAGCAUGGAAAGAGGAGGAAGCAAGGGCCGCCAGACUGAAAUCGAAACCUUCACUCAAACGGGUGCUGAUAAAGUUAUACUGGUUUCAGUUCAUGUUGCAAGGUUUAGUUUGCUGCGUAGUGGAAUUUGCGGCUAGACUUGUGCAGCCUUUAUUUUUGGGAAAGCUUAUAUCGUAUUAUUCUCAUGAUGGCCCACCUAUGAGUAAGGCUGAAGCAUACGGAUAUGCUGGAGGUGUAAUUGCAUGCUCAUUGCUUGCGGUCCUCAUAAUCCACCCUUACGUAUUGAGCGUACUGCAUGUCGGGAUGAAGAUACGAGUGGCGUGUUGUUCACUGAUUUACCGAAAGGCGCUGAGAUUAAGCAAAACCGCGCUGGGUCGAACCACCAUUGGCCAAAUGGUAAAUUUACUCUCGAACGAUGUUAACCGUUUCGACGUUGCCAUGAUAUUCGCUCAUUACUUCUGGAUUGGUCCUAUACAAUCCAUUAUUGUAACAUAUUUUAUGUACGAAGAAGUUGGAAUUUCGGCAAUUCUAGGUGUAAUCUGCUUAUUCCUUUUUAUACCACUGCAGCUUGGUUUAGCAAAAAUGAUUGCAAAGUUUCGAUUCAAGACUGCGACCAGAACAGACGAAAGGGUGCGUUUGAUGAAUGAAGUUAUUGCUGGUAUACAAGUUAUCAAAAUGUACACUUGGGAAAAACCUUUUGCGAAAUUCGUUGCUCUGGCACGAAGGCAUGAAAUUGAUUCAAUUCGUGGAGCGUCAUACAUCAGAGCCAUUAUUUUAUCCUUCAUGCUAUUUGCGACUCGUGUAUCGCUAUUUGUAACAAUUUUAUCCUACGUACUGUUCGGCGAGAAAGUAACGGCGAAAAAGGUAUUUGUCGUGACCGCAUUUUACAAUCUUCUAAGACAGGCGAUGACCAAUUUUUUCCCACAAGCAGUCGUGCAAAUAUCGGAGGCAAAUGUGUCAAUUAAUCGCCUAAAUAACUUCAUGUUGUACGAAGAAAAGGCAGCGAAUGAGGACGAAGUGCAUAAUGAGAUUCCAAAAGCUAACGGAAAUAAUUAUAAGGAGCACACUUUUAUACAAGACGAUUCAAAUCACGCAGUCGUUAUUGAAAAGGGUUUCGCGAAAUGGAGCGAUGAGUCGGUGCAGGAUUACAUUUUCGAAAAUUUGAACAUCAAAAUUAAACGUGGAUCAGUAGUUGCCAUUAUUGGGCCGGUUGGUAGUGGUAAAAGCAGCUUACUGCAGGUUAUUCUGAAAGAACUUCCGUUACUCAAGGGCAAACUGGAGGUGUAUGGUGAUAUCGGGUACGCAUCCCAAGAACCCUGGCUUUUCACAGGGACGGUUCGUCAGAACAUUGUAUUCAACAGACCCUAUGACAAUCUACGCUACCAGAACGUCGUUACAAGGUGCUCCCUAAAACGCGACUUCAGUUUGCUUCCAAACGCGGAUAGAACGGUCGUAGGUGAACGAGGCGUUUCGCUAAGCGGCGGACAGCGUGCGAGAAUUAAUUUGGCCAGGGCCGUGUAUCAAGACGCAGACAUUUAUCUUUUGGACGAUCCUUUAUCGGCCGUCGAUACUCAUGUUGGAAGAGAACUGUUUGAUCACUGCAUAAUGCGCUAUUUAAAAGGCAAAACUGUGAUAUUGGUCACACAUCAAUUGCAGUUUCUCAAGGACGUGGAUGACAUUAUUAUUCUUGAAAAUGGAUCGAUUAAAGCGCAAGGUACUUUCGACGAAUUACAAAAAUCAGGUCUAGAUUUUGCCAAAAUGCUCAAAAACGAAUUGGAGGUUCGCGAAGAAAAGGAGCCAAGAAGAAUGUCUCGUGAUAGCUCUGUGAUAAGUAUUAUUUCUAUGGACAAUAUGGGUGUUGAAGAGGUGGCGAAGAGUAAUGAAGAGCAAAGAACUAAAGGUAGUGUUUCCAGCUACGUCUAUAGAAUGUACUUAGUCGCUGGCAAUAGUUGGUUCACCAUUUGUUGCAUUGCACUAAUGUUUUUGUUGGCUCAGUUGAUCGCGAGCAUUGGAGAUGUUUUCAUCACGUACUGGGUAAACACAGAGGAGAAGCAUUUUAAUUUAACCAAGUCUUCAACACAUGACAACGAAAUUACCGAGCCCAUUAUCGUUUCGCAAAACAUCACCUCGGAUUUUUGGAAUUUGUCUACCGAAACCAGUAUUUACAUAUACACAGCUAUAACGAGCAUAAUAGUUGUGCUGGCCAUCACACGUUCGAUCUCAUUCUUUUACGCCUGCAUGAGGUCCUCGGUUAAACUGCACGACAACAUGUUCAACAGCAUAAUAAAUGCGUCCAUGAGAUUUUUUAAUACAAACUCAUCUGGUAGAAUACUAAAUCGUUUUUCAAAGGACAUGGGUGCGAUCGACGAACUGUUACCCACCGCCAUGCUGGAUUGCGUACAAAUUUUUAUGGUUUUGUUCGGAAUUAUUGCCGUCGUUGGGUCUGUCAACCCAUGGCUUUUGAUCCCCACAUUUAUAAUUGCGAUAAUAUUCUACUUCUUUAGAUGUUUCUAUCUAUCAACGAGUCGAAGUGUCAAACGUUUGGAGGGUGUUACGCGAAGUCCAGUUUUCGCACACCUGAAUGCUUCCCUUCAAGGCCUUACCACCAUUCGCGCCUUUGGAGCUGAACAAACUCUCAUCAAGGAAUUCGACGAACUUCAAGAUUUACACAGCGUUACUUGGUUCCUAUUCAUUUCCACAUCGCGCGCUUUCGGAUACUGGCUUGACUUAGUCUGUGUAAUAUACAUUGCUUUAGUCACCCUGAGUUUCCUAUUUCUCGGGGAUGGUGUCCUGAGCGGAAACGUCGGUCUGGCAAUCACCCAGUCCUUGGGCUUAACAGGCAUGUUCCAGUGGGGUAUGAGACAAUCUGCCGAAAUGGAAAAUCAAAUGACUUCAGUGGAACGUGUGCUCGAGUACAACAAGAUAGAGCAUGAACGUCCACUAGAAAGUGCGCCAAAGAAAAAACCUCCAGAUACAUGGCCCUCGCGUGGACAAAUCCAAUUCGAUAAACUUUUCUUAAACUACUUCCCUGAAGAUCCUCCGGUUCUAGUUAACUUGAACUUCACAAUUAAGCCUUUGGAAAAGGUCGGUAUUGUGGGUAGAACCGGAGCGGGAAAAUCGUCUCUUAUUAACGCGCUGUUUCAAUUGACUGAUGUGAAGGGAUCCAUACUCGUCGACGGGGUCGACAUUACAGAAAUUGGUUUGCAUGACUUGCGGUGCAAGAUUUCUAUAAUUCCACAAGAACCCGUACUGUUUUCGGGAACGUUGAGGAAGAACCUGGAUCCGUUUGAUGAAUACUCCGACGUCAAGCUGUGGAAUGCGAUUGAAGAUGUUGAACUUAAGGAAGCGGUGGAAGAGUUAAGUUUAGGUUUAAACGGGGCAGUAUUAGAGGGCGGUACAAAUUUUAGUGUCGGCCAACGUCAACUUAUCUGUUUGGCUCGAGCCAUUCUACGUAACAACAAAAUUUUAAUACUAGACGAAGCGACAGCGAAUGUCGAUCCUCAAACUGAUGGACUUAUUCAGUCCACCAUUAGAAACAAAUUUGCUCAAUGCACCGUUCUUACCAUUGCACAUAGGUUAAAUACUGUUAUGGAUUCCGAUAAGGUACUGGUAAUGGAUGCCGGCAGAAUGGUGGAGUUUGAUCAUCCCUUUAACUUAUUACAAAAUGAGGAUGGCGUGUUUUAUGGCAUGGUUCAGCAAACAGGGAAAGCCAUGGCGGAAUCUCUCAAAACGAUAGCAUUAAAUAGUUACAAAGCGAAAGAUCGACAGUCGCUGGAGUAAGCCCAUUUGACUAAGAUGAGUGAUAUUUCUUCAGAUAUACCUUUCACAGUGACGUAGUGUAUGAUGGUUCAUGUAGAAGAGACUUAUGAUAUAACAUCCUGUGAUCUCAUUGUACUUAUGGUCUCAAUGAUUUUAGAUAUAGACAUAUUUUUGUAUGAGCACAAAAUGUAUUUUUGCAGCAACCAAUAUUAGUUUUAUACGUAUUUUAUUAAUAAAUACUUACUAUUAG